AUGUUGAAGUCAAUGAGCAGCAGCGACGACCACCUGGUGUCCCUGAUCGUAUCUUCCACCGGAAAAUCCCAUCUCCGGCAGAUUCACGCCGUCUUACUCCGCACUUCCUUAAUCAGAAACUCGGACGUUUUCCACCACUUCCUCUCCCGUCUCGCUCUCUCCCUCAUCCCCCGAGACAUCAAUUACUCGCGUCGGGUUUUCUCCCAGAGGACUAACCCAAGCGUCUCUCACUGCAACACCAUGAUCAGAGCUUUCUCCGUCAGCGAAACUCCCGGCGAAGGUUUCCGCUUGUUCCGAGCUCUCCGACGACGGAAAAGCUCCUCUCUUCCCGCUAACCCUCUCUCGUCUUCCUUCGCCCUCAAAUGCUGCAUCAAAUCAGCCGACUUGCUCGGCGGUUUGCAGAUCCACGGGAAGAUCGUCACCGAUGGGUUUCUCUCCGACAGUCUCCUCUUGACGACUCUGAUGGAUCUCUACUCAACCUGCGAGAAAAGCAAUCACGCCUGCAAAGUGUUCGACGAAAUUCCCAAGAGAGAUACAGUUUCUUAUAACGUCCUGAUCUCGUGCUUUCUCCGUAACAAACGCACAAGAGACGCUCUGUUUCUCUUCGAUAAGAUGAAGAAGAACGAAGAAGUCGAUGGAUGUAGCAAACCAGACAACGUAACGUGCUUACUAGCUCUCCAAGCUUGCUCCAGCUUAGGCGCGUUGGAUUUCGGUGAAAAAGUUCACGACUUUAUCGAAGGAAACGGACUCGGCGAUGCGUUGAAUCUGAACAACACUCUGGUUUCGAUGUACUCGCGAUGCGGGUCUAUGGAUAAGGCUUACAAGGUCUUCAAUCGAAUGCGUGAGAAGAACGUUGUCUCAUGGACGGCUAUGAUCUCGGGUUUAGCGAUGAACGGAUUCGGGAGAGAAGCCAUUGAAGCUUUCGAAGAAAUGUUGAAGCUUGGAGUCUCUCCAGAGGAACACACACUCACCGGUUUGUUGUCAGCGUGUAGCCAUUCGGGUUUGGUCGACGAAGGAAUGAUGUUUUUCGAUAGGCUUAAGAGCGGCGAGUUUAAGAUGAAGCCGAAUGUGCAUCACUAUGGCUGCAUGGUCGACCUCUUAGGACGUGCACGUCUACUUGAUAGAGCGUACGAUCUUAUUAAAUCGAUGGAGAUGAAGCCGGACUCGACCAUUUGGAGAACACUUCUCGGUGCUUGCAGAGUGCAAGGAAAUGUUGAGCUUGGGGAGCGUGUGGUCUCUCAUCUAGUCGAGCUCAAAGCCGAAGAAGCUGGAGAUUACGUUCUGUUACUCAACACAUACUCUUCCGUUGGGAAAUGGGAGAAAGUGACUGAAGUGAGAUCGUUGAUGAAGGAGAAGAGACUCUUUACCAAACCGGGAUGCAGUGUGAUCGAGCUGCAAGGAACUGUUUAUGAGUUUGUCGUAGACGAUGUUUCGCAUCCGCGGAAGGAAGAGAUCUAUGGGAAGCUUGCGGAGAUCAACCAGCAGCUGAAGAUUGCGGGUUAUAAGGCUGAAACGGCGUCGGAGUUGCAUAAUCUUGAUUCGGAAGAAGAGAAGGGAUGUGCGUUGACGUACCAUAGCGAGAAGCUGGCGAUUGCGUUUGGUAUUCUUGUGACACCACCAGGAACGACCAUUAGAGUGACCAAGAAUCUUAGGACUUGUGUUGAUUGUCAUAAUUUCGCGAAGUUUGUGUCUGGUGUAUAUGAUCGUGUCGUGAUCGUUAGAGACCGUUCUCGGUUUCAUCAUUGUAAAGACGGGUCUUGCUCUUGUAAUGAUUUUUGGUGA